CCAUGUAUGUAUAUACCUAUGGCUGGUAUGCUAUGAGCUAUAAUUUCAUGUCUGACUGACUUGUAUAAAAGCAGGAUAUCUUCUGACCCAGUACCAACUACUGCAUCCAGCAAAUUGUGUUUCCCUCUCAACAAAGAAGCAAAGACAGCCAGAAAUCUUCAAAAACGAAUACUCUGAAAAGAUGGGCAAACCACUGCUGUUUUCUACUAUAUUUUGUGCAGUUUUGGCAACUGUGGUAUGUACAGCCACACCACUGAGUGAUGAAAAGAUUGUCACAAAGAGAGAGUUUGAUGACACCUCCAUGCAAAGUUUUCCUGAGUAUGAUAAUUCCGCAAUGGAGGAACAGGGUGCAAGCACAGAGGGAUAUCAUAAGGGUGUUGCCUAUGUGAGGUGGGGUCGUACUGUCUGUCCAUUCGGGGCUGAAGUAGUCUACAAGGGAAGAGCAGCCGGAAGCCACUAUAAACACUCUGGUGGUGGCAGCAACUACCAGUGUGUCACACUCCAACCAAAGAAUUUUGCCUACGGUCCAGGCACUGUGGCUGCCUCGUUUAUGUACGGUUCCGAAUAUGAAAUGUGGGGAAAUAUUCCCAAGGCUAACCUUCAUCUCCAUGAGCACGACGUUCCCUGUGUGGUGUGCUACGUUCCUACACGCACAGCCAAAAUCAUGAUUCCCGGAACAUACAUAUGCCCGUCUCGGUGGACCAGGGAGUACUAUGGGUAUCUAAUGGCCGAGCGAUACAACCAUCAUCGCUCUACUUUCGAAUGUGUGGACCAUGCACCGGAGAAGGCCUUAGGUGGCCAUCUUAACCGCAAUGGAGCUCUUUUCUACCACGUCGAGCCUCGCCGUGGAAGUCUGCCAUGUCCACCUUAUGAUCAGCAGAAGGAAAUGACGUGUGCAGUUUGCACUCGCUGAGCACCAAAGUGUGAAAGGAACAAACUGUUGGAUGAACUGAACAUGACUUAGUAGAUAUAAGAUGUAGCUAGUAAUCUAGUGUCAUUAGAAUCAUUAUAGUAGUUGUGAUAUUAAGCACUUUUUUUACGACGGUCAACUUGUGAGUAACUCAGACCUGAUUAGAUAUUUUUCACGC